AUGAAUAACAGUUCUUCCAAAAUGUACAACUCAUUAUUGGCACCGAAUACCAAAGAAAGUUCGCCUACUGAAGAAUCUGGCAUACAAAAACACGUCAAGUUUUGGGAUAAGAAACACAAAGGUUACAUCACUCCUCUUGACACUAUUUCUGGUUUUAUCACACUUGGAUAUGGUACCUUAUUUAGUAUUGCUGUUGGCACUUUCUUUGGUGUUCUAUUAUCUUUAUCCACUCAGAAAGGAUGGUUCCCAGAUCCGCUAUGCCGCUCUAACGUCAGAAACCUAAUUCGUGCCAAGAAAGAAACUCAGUGCAAUCAAGGUGCUUAUGAUUCAAAUGGGUUGUUUGUACCAGAGAAAUUUGAAAAUUUGUUCAACAAAUACGCUCAGUCGGACAAAUCGGGUAAAACCAUAACUGUACCCGAGUUGAUAAGAAUGACGAAAGAACAAGAAAGAUUAGGAAAAGACGUAAAAGCAUGGGCCGGGAGUAUGGCUGAAUUGUGUACAGCCUACUUCUUCAUUGGUCAUCGAGGUCGUCUCACAAAGGAAGAUGUUCUCUCUGCAUAUGAUGGAACACUUUUUUAUCGUCUUAGAGAUGGUCAUAAGUUAAUGAUCAAGCAAGGGUCUGUUGCGCACAUUAAUUCGUCCGGUCCAGGUCUCGGCGGUUCUUAUCUCGCAUCGAAACAUGGUAUUUUAAGUGUCAAAGGAAUUGAAAAUCGUGUUGAGCAGCUUGUUAGUGCAUUGAAAUCGAAAUCAUCUACAGUUGUUAAUGAUUACCGUUUACGUAAUUGGGUUUCGUAUAUUCAAGAAAGUACCGAGACUAUCAAGAAUACUGCUAUCCCUCGUAGUUUAAUGCGCCCUUCUACAUCUGUCAUUAGUGGUGUAACCACUCCUAAAGCAUCCAUGUAUCGUUCCACCAAGCAAGAGGAUCCCGCGACUUUGUUUCCUGAUGGUAUCACAGGUGUUUCGAAACCUGGAUCCGAAAAUCCUUCUGGUCCAAAUUUGUCGGAAUCUUUCUUUACAACUUCUAGUGAUGAUGAAAUACUCUCAAGCAAGGAAACAUUUUUGUUCGGCACCCAAAAGGAUGAAAGCGAGCCAAAGUAUCUGCAAGAUUCUACGGAAGAUUUGGCCAGUUCUUCAAUGUUAGAUAGCAAGUCUGACGAGUUUCCUCAACUUGUUGCCCCAACUCCUAAGAAAUCCAUCUCUUCCAUCACAAGUAGCAAGCCUUUGAUGAACGGUUUUCUCAAGAAAGAAUCGGAUGCACAUGAUUGGCUUGGUGAAGGCUUAACAGGUGUAAAAGGAGGCAGUCAGAGUUCUUCCAAAUCAGAUAAAACACCUUCUUUCAUGGAUAGCAACACAAGUAAUUCUGCUUUCGAAAACAUCGGAAUGGAAAAGGGAAACCCGGAGAAUGCAAGCAGCAUAAUGGUUUCAGAGAUUCCAACCAAACAAUCGCCUCCACCCCCACAAAUUUUGCAACCGAGUCCAGAGAAAAAUAGGGAAGUUCCCAAUUCUGUUAUCACCCCACCACCUGAGGAAAAGUCAGUAGUCUACAAUACUUCUGCUCCAGCCAUAUCUAAGAGCAACACCCUCAAUAAUUCCAAAAGCCAAAAGAGAAAAACUAAAAAGACUAUGUCUUCCACUACGAGUGGUAGCGAAUCAGGUCCAGAAACAAUUAUCCAAAGUAUGAAUUCAAUUAAAGACACGCCAAUGCCGAUCGCUACCGACGCAAAAUAA